AGUAAACACCCAAAAUAAAUUAAUGUUAGAAAAGGCGGCACUCGAUCAUGUCAAAAAGACUAUUUCGUCCUAUAAUCCAGCCCGUGAUCCUUCGCCGGCUAUGUGAUAAGCCCAAGCUGAGCAGCAAGCCGUCGAACACCCCACAUCCUCCGAAGGAUCCUCCCGAUGAGGGUUACAACCCAUCCAGUGUGGAUCACAAUGCCAUAGAUGUGCCCGCUUUCGUGAGUCCUUCGUCCUUUCGCCAGUUUAGUUCACCCGAUGAGACGUUGGGGCCGGGAGCUGGAAAAGCUUUGGAAUACAAAAAUCCACUAUACUUUGGCUAUCAUCGAUUCUCGUUUAUGGAUCUAUUGACCACGGCCACGGAGCUGCGCGACGAACGUCGUUUGGAUGGAGGGCUGCAGGCAUCCAUAGAAGCUGAUGAAGAAACCAUCCCUGAGGAGUCCGAAUUGGAGACCAUGAAGGAACUGGAAGUCGAGUGUGAUGCAAUACUUGAGGCUCAGGCCAAGCAAAUCGAGAAGGACAAGAAGGAGAAGAGUAUUCAGGAUAUGAGCGAAGAGGAGUUGGAGGAGUGGUGCAAGAAAAAGGAAGAAGACAUUAAAAAGAAGGAGCAGCAAAAGAAGGAAGGCGAAAAGCCCCAAAAGAAGCUCGAGGAUAUGAGCGAAGAAGAAUUGAAGGCUUGGUGUGAGAAGAGAGAAGCGGACAUAAAAGCAAAAGAGGAAAAAAAACGCGCCGAAGAAAAGGCGAAAUGUGACGCAGAAGAGAAGAAAAAGAAUACCGAGGCCAAAAAGAAAUACGAGGAGGAAGAAAAAAAGAAAAAGGCAGAGGAAACUAAAAAGAAGCGUGACGAAGUAGAGAAAAAGAAAAAUGAAGAGGCCAAUAGAAAAUGUCAGGAAGAAAAGAUAAAAAAAGAAGCCGAGGCUAAGAAAAAGUCUCAGGAAGAACAACAAAGGAAAAAGUGUGAGGAAGAAGAACGGAAGAAAAAGUGUGAAGAAGAAGAAAAAAAGAAAAAGUGUGAGGAAGAAGCAAGGAAGAAAGAGUGUGAGGAACAAGAAAGGAAGAAAAAGUGUGAGGGAGAAGAAAUGAAGAGGUGUAAGGAAGAAGAAAAAAAGAAAAAGUGUGAGGAAGAAGAAAUGAAAAAGAGGUGUGAGGAAGAAGAAAAGAAGAAAAAGUGUGAAGAAGAAGAAAAGAAGAAAAAGUGUGAAGAAGAACAAAUGAAGAAAAAGUGUGAGGAAGAAGCAAUGAAAAAAAAAUGUAUGGAAGAACAAUUGAAGAAAAAGUGUGAGGAAGAAGAAUUAAAGAAAAAGUUUGAGGAGGAAGAGAAGAAAAAAUGCGAAGAGGACAAGAAGAAGGGCGAUAAAUGCGUAGGGGAGAAUACUGCAAAAUCUGAUGAAGAAAAAUCGGUCUUGCGUGUUUUUAAAGAGUUUAAGCUAAAGUGCAUGGACGCUUUGGAAAAAAAGGAAUGUGAAGACAAAAAGAAAAAAGAGUCAGAGAAAAAGGAAAAAUGUGAUCCAGAUACCAAUAAAAAGGAUGACAAAUAA